AUGAAUGCUUUGAAAGAUAUUAGCUAUAAGGAGGAUGAAGAUGGAGAAUUACCGUCAUUAAUAACUGGAAACGAAUCUAACUUAAAGGAUAUCCUUAACAAUACCACUGCUGAUGGUGGCAUUAAUAUUGUGGGUGAGUCAAAAUUAAAUCGAGCUAACAAACAAGUUGAAGAGAUAACAUUGGCGAUUAAUAAUAAGAAAAAUAUACAGCAAAAGAUUCCAGUAAGUAUAAUUACAGGCUAUUUGGGCUCAGGCAAAUCAACUUUGCUAGAAGCGAUUGCAAAAAAAGGGUCCGAUAGAAAGAUUGCUGUUAUUUUGAAUGAAUUUGGUGAUUCAAGUGAGAUUGAGAAAUCUAUGACUAUUAGGAAUGGAAACAAUAAUUACCAAGAAUGGCUAGAUUUAGGGAAUGGAUGCCUUUGUUGUUCAUUGAAAAAUAUCGGAGUGAAAGCAAUCGAAGAUAUGAUAGAUCGAUCACCAGGUAAGAUUGAUUAUAUAUUACUAGAGACGUCUGGGAUUGCAGAUCCUGCUCCCAUUGCCAAAAUGUUUUGGCAGGAUGAAGGAUUGAAUAGUAGUAUUUAUAUCGAUGGCAUAAUUACAGUAUUGGAUUGUGAAAAUAUUUUAAAGUGUUUAGAUGAUAAAUCUCCUGAAAGUCACUGGCAUGGCGAAAAUGUUAUCGUAGAAAAUAAUCUAACCAUUGCACAUUUUCAAAUUGCAAUGGCAGAUAGAAUAAUAAUGAAUAAAUUUGAUAAAAUAGAAACAAGUGAUGAGAAAAUCAAAAAUAUUAAAGACAAAAUCAAGGAGAUUAACUCAUUAGCUCCUAUUUAUUAUACAAAAUAUGGUGAUUUGGGCAUAGAUAAAUUGAUGGAUAUUCAUGCGUAUGAUGGUAAGGAUAUUUCAGAAUUGAUUGACCAUCAAGAUCAUCUACAUGACAUUACUUCGGAUCAACAUAAAAAUGAAAGCUCGCAUCCAGGAUCUCACUCAAUUUCAUACAACCAUAAGCAUUUGAAUAAUACCUUCCAUGAUCCAAGAAUGAACACUAUCACAAUAAAGUUUCAACCUUUGAAAAAUGAAUUCGACUUUAAAAAAUUUGAAGAGAAAUUUUUACAAGUAUUACUAUGGAAAGAUUUUGGUGUUAAUAAAUCGAUAAAGAUGUUAGGUGACCAUUUAGAUUGGGAAAUUCAAAGAACAAAGGGUUUAAUUUUACUUAAUGAUAAUACUGUAAAGAUUUUACAAGGUGUACGAGAUACAUAUGAUGUCUUUCCCGGUACAAAGCUACCUGAAGUAUCGUACUGUAAAAUAAUCUUUAUUGGCAAAUAUUUAGACCAAGAAGUGAUAGAAAAAUUGAUAUACGAUUUUCUUGUUAAUAUAUGCCAUUAUGAUCAUCCGAUGAUCUUAGAAUAA